GAAGGGCGCGGGCAGAAGAAUAUGCCCUGUUUCCUCACAAAUAUCACAACAUCCUCCAUUUCCUCUCUUUCAAUCAAAAUCCCCAAAUUUUCAAAUUCACCCAAAAGCCCUAGUUUUUCUUUUCUUCUUCUACCUCUCGAGGAAUUAAUUAGGUAACAAUGGGGAACACGGAGAAGCUGAUGAACCAGAUCAUGGAGCUGAAAUUCACCUCGAAAUCGCUUCAGCGUCAAGCUCGAAAAUGCGAGAAGGACGAGAAAUCGGAGAAGCUAAAGGUGAAGAAAGCGAUCGAGAAGGGAAACAUGGACGGCGCUCGAAUCUACGCCGAGAACGCCAUCCGGAAGCGAACGGAGCAGAUGAACUACCUCCGUCUUUCAUCGCGCCUCGACGCCGUCGUUGCACGCCUCGACACGCAGGCGAAGAUGUCGACGAUAAGCAAGUCGAUGGGAACAAUCGUGAAAUCCCUAGAAUCCACUCUCGCCACCGGAAACCUCCAGAAGAUGUCGGAGACCAUGGACAGCUUCGAGAAGCAGUUCGUGAACAUGGAGGUUCAGGCUGAGUUCAUGGAAUCCGCCAUGGCUGGAUCAACCUCGCUUUCAACCCCUGAGGGCGAGGUUAACUCCCUCAUGCAGCAGGUCGCAGACGAUUACGGCCUUCAGGUCUCCGUCGGCCUCCCGCAGCCGGCGGCUCACGCGCUUCCCGCCAUGGACGCCGCAGACAAGGUCGACGAGGAUGACUUGUCUAGGCGCCUAGCCGAACUCAAGGCCAGAGGGUAAAGGAAAGUUGAGAUUUUCAUUGUCUUAAGGAUGAUGGGUUUGAAGGAAACCUUUACAGGUUGGAUUCAUGCAAUUAAUGUAGACUCACACAAUGGAUCUGAUUCUUAACUCGACCUGCACACAGCAGAAGCUUUGUACUAGGUUGUUUUUAUUAUUAUUAUUGUUGUUGUUGUUGUUGUUGUGUAGAAAGAAAGCAAGUCUUGAGCCGUGGUAAAGCUACUUUUUUUAUGAUUGAAAGGUGACGAGUUUGAUUCUGGAAAACAACAAUAUCGUUGCAAAUAUACCAGAAUAAGGCUGCAUAUAGAACUGUCUGCAUCCCUACUCUCGCUAAUCGGUGUUUAUGGGGAGUGAUUUUUUAAUUAUUAUUGUAUAGAAGUUGCUUGUGGGCAUUUCAAUUCCCUUUGUCUGAUGUGAAAAUCUGGUUGUUUCUUAUGGAUAUUGACUGUGACCAUGAGAAGAGAAUGCUUGUGUUUGUUUCUUUUUCUGUUUUAGGGGCGGGUUCUCAUUUUCAAUUGUAGGAUGUGGUACUGAAUUUGUGAAUGGUUAAAAUGGGUCCUAGGUGAGAUAGCUAUUUAGUAGAUUGGUGGUGUUUUUCCUUUGGAAAUACCAAAGCAACAACAUUAAUUGUCUUAUUGGUGAUGUUG